AUGAAGAACGAGUCCAAGAUUCCCCUCGUCAUUGUCGCCUGCGGCAGUUUCUCACCGCCUACGUACUUGCACUUGCGAAUCUUUGAGAUGGCCAAGGACCAGGUCAUUGAAUCGGGAAAGUAUGAGUUGCUGGGUGGCUACUACAGCCCGGUGUCCGACUACUACAGGAAGGAAGGGCUAGCAAAAGCGACGCACCGCGUGCGCAUGUGCGAACUGGCCGUCGAGAAGACAUCGACUUGGCUCAUGGUGGAUGCCUGGGAGUCGCUCCAGGACGAGUACCAGCGCACUGCUGUGGUCCUGGACCACUUUGACGAGGUCAUCAACGGGGGCCCGCAGGGCGGCGUCCUCGUCUCCGACGGCAGCCGGCGAAAGAUUCGCAUCAUGCUCCUCGCCGGCGGAGAUCUGAUCCAGAGCAUGGGCGAGCCGGGUGUAUGGGCCGAUGCCGAUCUCCAUCACAUUCUGGGCAAGUACGGUUGCAUGAUCGUCGAGAGGACCGGGGCCGAUGUCUGGUCCUUCCUCCUCAGCCACGACUUGCUCUGGCGUUACCGAAAGAAUCUCAAGGUGGUCAAACAGACAAUCUUCAACGACAUUUCCUCGAGCAAGGUCCGGCUCUUUGUCAGACGGGGUCAGAGCAUCAAAUAUCUGUUGCCGAACUCUGUCAUCCACUACAUUGAGCAGCACCAACUCUACCGACUCCCCAAGGAGCUGGAUACGGAGCCGCCGGAUGCAGACCACGACCUGCUGUAA